UUUAUGUCGUUAUCUCCACAACCUUACGACUCAAAACAUAGAAGAGGCCAAAGGUGAAAUGGACAGAAGUGUCAAGCUCAAGAUUUCUCUUCUCUUCUUCUUCUUCUUCUUCUUGUCUUCUUCUUCCUCCACUGCUUCAUUGGUUCAAACAAAUGAACAAAGAAAAGAUUCAUUAUUACCUAAAGAAAAUCCAUUUACAGUAAAAGCUUCACUUGUUCGAUAUUGGAACAAACAAAUCUCCAACAAACUCCCUAUACCCUCUUUCCUUUUCUCCAAAGCCUCACCGCUCUCCGCCGUGGAUGCCGCCUUUUACACCAGUCUCGCCACCCAAAAAUCUCUCACCGGUCACAUUUCUUCUUUCUGCUCCUCCGCCAAGUUAUUCUGUUUUUCUGAUUCAAAAUCAUACCUUAACCCAAGCCCUAGUAAAGAUGCAAAUUUUGCUGUCUACAAUAACAAAAAAUUCGCCAACUAUGGAUCCUCUAGGCUAGGUGGAGGAGACAAUUUCAAGAACUAUUCAGAUGGCGUCAACUUCGCCAGCGGCGAUUUCACCAAAUACAGCCGGAGCUCCACCGGCCACCGCGAGGACUUUAAUAGUUACGCGGCGGACGGUAAUGUAGCAUCCGGCAAUUUCACCUCCUACGCCGCCGGAGCUACUGGCGGAGGAGGAACUUUCCAAAACUACAUGCCACGUGUCAAUGUCCCAGAUCUUCGGUUCGCUUCUUACGAUUCAGACGGCAACAAUCAUAAGCUUUCAUUUACGAGCUAUGUUGGUGAUACUAAUUCUGGAAAGGAAGCAUUUAUUAGCUACGCCAAAAAUGGAAAUGGUGUGCCUGCUGAGUUUACUACGUAUGGUGACACGUCCAAUGUUAUUGGAUCAUCGUUCAAUGGAUAUGGGGAAUCGGGCAAUGCUGCAAAUGAUUCGUUCAAGGCUUACUCUACAAAUUCCAACAACCCUAACAAUAAUUUUAAGAAUUAUGGGGCUGGUGGAAACAGUGGAGUAGACACUUUCACAAGUUAUAGGGAUUCGGCCAAUGCAGGUACUGACACGUUUACGUCUUACGCAAAGGGUUCCAGUUCUGGAAAGGCAAAUUUCGUAAAUUAUGGAAAAUCAUUUAAUGAAGGAAAAGACACUUUCAAAGAAUAUGGUAAAGGAGCUAAAGAUCCUUCGGUUGGUUUCAAGAUUUAUGGUUUCAACAAUUCGUUCAAAGAGUAUUCUCCAAAGGGUGUCAAUUUUGCGGGAUACACCAAAAAAAGCGCUCCUACGGUUGGUUCUUUGAAGACCAGUGGCAAAUCCGUAAAUAAAUGGGUAGAAGAGGGUAAAUUCUUUCGAGAAUCCAUGCUGAAGGAAGGGACAGUUAUGAAAAUGCCCGACAUUCGUGACAAAAUGCCCGGAAGGUCAUUUUUGCCCCGGACAAUUUCAUCUAAAUUACCGUUCUCUACCAAAGAAUUAUCCUAUCUCAAGACCUUUUUCCACGCGCAAGAGAACUCUACCAUGGAGCGCGUGAUUGUGAACGUGCUUGCAGAGUGCGAGCGUGCUCCAAGCCAAGGCGAAACCAAGCGAUGCGUUGGCUCCGUGGAGGACAUGAUCGACUUUGCCGUAUCAGUUUUAGGCCACAAUGUGGUGGUACGGACUACCGAUAAUGUCGUCGGGUCAAAAGAGAAAGUCAUGAUCGGGAAAGUCAAGGGAAUCAACGGUGGAAGAGUGACACAAUCAGUGUCAUGCCAUCAGAGCCUGUACCCUUACCUACUGUAUUACUGCCACUCUGUUCCAAAAGUUAGGGUCUACGAAGCAGACAUUCUUAACGUAGAGACAAAGGCUAAAAUAAAUCAUGGUGUUGCCAUUUGUCAUAUAGACACGUCAGCAUGGAGUCCAGGUCACGGAGCUUUCGUGGCAUUAGGGUCAGGUCCUGGUCGUAUUGAAGUCUGCCAUUGGAUUUUUGAGAAUGAUAUGACUUGGGCCACGGCGGAUUAAUUAGCUAAUUGAUUGCAAAGUGGCUCUUUACUACUCCAGUAUUUAUUUUAAUUUUCGCUUGUAUGUUUUCCACAGCCAUAAAGGAUAUUUUGUAGUCCCACUAUUUAUGACGAGGUUUCGUAUUGAAGGCAUUUAAUGAUUGUGUUUUCUCCUAAA